AAAGAAAGAAAUGUUUAUCAGGUUCAAAUACCUUUGUCACGACUAGAUUUCACCAGUCCCGCGGAUUUAUUAGAGGAAUUAUUACGGAUUUAUGAUUAUAAUAAAAUAAUCAGUUCUCUGUCUGCUGGCUCUCCAAAUGCUAUUUCUAAUAGUAAAAACGAACAGGCCAAAAAACAAAAAAGAAUCCUCCGUACUUAUUUAACUAAUUACGGCUGA